AGUUUUUUACCCUUGUUUCGACAACUGACCUUAAGGACAAGGACACAAUCAAGAUUGUGUUUCUCCAGGACCAGGAGCCUACAAUAACCUUGACCUUAAGUGAUGUGACCAACGUGACUGAUAAUCCAUCUGAGGAGGACUCUGUUGACACCUCAUCUGUGUCAACUAAUGACACUCUGAUUCUUUCCGCAUCUGAAGAUAGUCCAGGGCACCGUUACCAGCGCUGGCCUGUUCAGUUUCAGAUUCCCAGCUUUUCUGACCUCACAGAGAUCCAAAUUCGGUCAGCCAACGAGCGCUUCCGAAAAGAUGGGACUCUUCUCCCUACAAAAGAUUUAAUUCCACUGCUUCCUGACAUCCUUAGAAAACUAGCAGAAGCUAUUUAUAAGUAUACUGCUUAUCCAUCCAGUCUGCAGAUCAGUGAGGUUGCAGAGGCCCUGACUCUAAAGCAUCCCUGCCUGAAAGAACCAGGGUCCUUCAAUGGAUGCUAUGGGUGGGCGCAGCGUCUAAAGUACAAGAUGAACAAUUUCAGAAGCAAGCUUAGAGGUCUCGGCUGCCCUGAAGUUGAAGUAAACUCACUUAAGAGGAAAAUGACAUGUGACCAAUACCCGGCAAAGAAUGUCAAAAAACCAAAGAAGGCUGAGAUGAACUACCUACCCCCUCAUGCUCAAGGUGAAACUAGUGAAAGUUUGGAAAAAGAGAGAAUCGAGCUACUGAGUGAAGUGAUGAAAAGGGACAACUCCAGAGUGGUAGCUCAGAAAAUGGACAAGACGUUCAGCCUUCGUCGGGAGGAAAUAGUGAAAGAGGCCCCUGCCAUCAGUGACUUCAUGAAGCGCUGGCCUGCUCUUUUUAGCGAGGUACAGAUAUGUGAAGAAUUUAAGAGGAUAACAACAGUCAGCCUUGAAUCAACCUUUCUGGCCAGGCUUGACCAAUGCACCCCAAAACUGAUGGCCUUGACCCUGUCAAAAGGAGGAGCUGCAGGUCUGAGGAUGAGGCAGAUUAAGGACAUGCUUCUGCAGGACAACACAGUUGAAAAGCGCAGAGAAAUUGCUAUUCGCUGCCUCAUAGUCUAUCUUGGAGAGAAGGAGGAGGAUCUUUUCAAACAAUACAGCGAUGAGGAGGAGCUCAACGCAGACCUUGCAAUGCAAAUCAUGAAGAUUGCUAUCAUUGGUGAUGGGCCUGCAACCAUCAUCGUUGAGGGAUCCAAGAUCCUGGAGAGGAUUGAUGUUGCCAGAUCCUGUGCUUUGAUGAUGGGAGUAAUCUACGCUCUGAACCUUACCUAUCCCAAGCAGCUGAAAUUUACCUUUGAGGUAUUUCAAAAGCUAUGCCUUGAGCUUGAUGGACAAAAAGCCAGCUCUAAAGUAAUGAAUCUUAAGUUUGGUAUUUUCUAGAGCAGACUUGA